UGUUUAGGAAUCACCACAUUCAUUCACCUCUCUGUCUCAAACCUUUGACCAUGUUGGGCCAGUUCUCCCCUGGUGAUCCCUACAGUGCUCUGUCCACCACACCGCCCUGGGAUCCAGCACACCUGCUUCAGCCCUUCCGCUUCCGCUCACGAACUGAGCCCAUAGACUGGAGGCGUCUCUCCGCUCUUGACGUGGAACGUGUUGAGCGAGACAUGGAUGUCGAUGUGCUUCAGAAUUUCAUUACGACUGUAACGUUCUGUGCUGUGGAGGGCGAGCGGUGUCCAAACUGUCGAGGACCUGCUGACCCUUCUUUGAUCAAACUGCUUCGUAUGUCUCAGCUGAGUACUGAGUACCUGCUGCACUGCCAGGACAUGCUGAGCGCUCAGCUGUCAGGACUGGAGGAGCGUCUGCAGGCGGCACUCUCUCUAGUCCAGCGAGGAGAAGAACAGCGAACUGAACUUGAAAAAAAUGUGCAGGAAGCCAAACAGGAGAAUCGACGGAGAAAGAAAUUGAUCACCACUCAACAGCUCCUCCUGCAGACCAGUGCUAAUAAUUAUCACAAGUGCCAGUUCUGUGAAAAAUCAUUUGUCAACUACUCUUACUUACAAGCACAUGUUCAACGACGACAUCCUGAAGUCACAGAUGCAGAGAAACAAAAGAAGAGGAAGGUAGAAGAGAUGGAAGAUAGGAUAGAAGAGCUGAAGGAGAAACUGAAAUUGACACAGAUGCAGCUACAGACGGCGAGAGAAACCGAAAGUUUGAGACAUCAGCAGUGGUAG